AUGAAAUUUCUAAUACUUUUAUUUCUUCACAUUUUAUUCCUCGAUCGAUCCACCGCUACCACUCAUCGAAAGCACAAUAGGCGAUCAUUUGACGACGAACGAUGGCUGAAUUUCAAAUUCACCGCCGAGCCCGAAGAAUCUUUGUUCUCAUCAAAAGCAUUGCUUUCGUGCAGCUACGAGUUUGAGAAAAGGGAUGGACGAGUAACCGAUGAAGUUGAGUGGCAAAAAGACGGCGAAAAGCUUGAGAAUCCCCCUCUUCUCGCAAACGGAUCACUUUGGAUUGAAAAGUUGAGUGAAGAUGACUCAGGCGAGUACUCGUGCGCUGUCAAGAUCACCGGUGUUCACAAAAACGAGUGGACUUUUCGAUCAAAGAGUGUAAAGGUCCAAGCUCGUCGACCUCUUCGCUUCAAGGCUGAACCUGAAGAUGUGCUGGUGGCCCCUGGACACUCAGCUGUCUUCAAAUGUGUUGUGGACUCGAUUGGGCCAACGAUAAUACGCUGGCUUUUCAACGAUCGACCAUUGCGGGAAAAUGAUGACAUUCGUAUCCUGCCCGUCUCGAACUCCCUUGAGAUCACUCCAGUUCUCCCAAAACAUCAAGGAUUUUAUCGCUGUGAGGUGACAAGUCAUGGAGUGAUUUCAAUCCGAUCAACGUCAGCUCGAUUACAAGUUGAUGCAACAACUCCUUCACUCAAAGGUUUCCUCUCAUCACCGAGCGAUCAACGAGUGAUUGAUGGUGAUCAAGCGAUACUCGAGUGUCUUCCUGGUGGACAAAAGCCAAGUGCACAUGUGGAAUGGCUUCGCGAUGGAUCAGUGCUGGUAGAGGAUGGGCAACGAGUUAAACGAAUCUCCGGAUCGUUACACUUCACAAAAACUCGCUUAUCCGAUGAAGCCUCGUACACUUGCCGAGCAAAUUUAAACAGUCAAAUCUACGAGAAAAUGGCGCAGCUGAGUGUGAUUGAGCCACCAAGGCUUGUGCGAAGUCUCUCAGAUAAAAUCGCUUUGGAAACGACUGAUGUCGAGCUAAUCUGUGAAUUUCGUGGCAAUCCAACACCGAAAAUUCGCUGGCUAAAGAAUGGUGUGCCGGUGAAAGCCUCCGAGUACUUUUUAAUCGAUGAGAAUCGACUACAAGUGUUAGGAGUCGUGAAAAUGGAUCAAGGUGUCUACCAGUGCAUCGGGGAAAACGAGGCAGGCUCUGUGCAAUCGAUUGCGCAACUACUCGUGGAUAGUGCUGACAGCUCCUCUAUUGCUGCUUCUUCAGGAAAACCAAUGCUUUCAACACCGCCAUUAGCUUUGAAAACGACACUUAUUGGCGCUCGAUCUCUCGGUGUUGAAUGGGAUGCACCAAUGGAAGCUCACGGAAACAUUCUCAUUUAUCACGUUUUUUAUCGAGAAGAAGGAUCAACUAGAGAACGAGCUAUGAAUGCAUCAUCUCGUUGGGUGAAUCUUGGAUCUCUUCAGCCGGAAACUCUCUACAUUAUACGAGUGGCUGCUGAGAAUGAGGCUGGUGUUGGACAAAGCAGUGAUCACAUUAAAGUCACCACUUCAAAAGAACAAGCCGUUCCCGGACGGAUCUCUCGUUUGGGAGCACAAGCGACCGACUCGGAGAAAAUCGAGGUCCGUUGGGAGCCACCAACAACGGAAAGUGGCGGCCCAACUCCACUCCGUUAUCGUCUUUUCUAUAUCAGACACCCGCCACAGCACAAUGAGCGAGAGACACAGAUCACCGUCUCUUCAACAGAAUAUACACUACAUGGAAUGGACAAAUAUACAGAGUACGCGAUUCGUGUUGAGGCUGAGGGAGCGAACGGAGCCGGACUAUCAUCGGACACGAUUACGGUGCGCACUCUAUCCGACGUUCCGUCAUCAGCUCCGGAAGAGAUUUCAGUUGACGCUCAGUCUUCAACGUCGAUUCGAAUCUCAUGGAAACCGCCGCCAAAACAGAAUCAGCAUGGAGAGCUGACAGCUUAUCGAAUCAAAUACAAGACAAAGCAAAGAGGGGGUAAGACAAGCACCGUGAACAUUGAAGAUCCACUGACGGGAGAGCAUGUGAUUGAUGGAUUGGACCCCAAUCAACACUAUCAGCUGAGAAUCGCAGCUGCGAAUCAGAAUGGCACUGGACCCUUCUCAGAUUGGCUGCGAGCCGACACGCCAGCCGUGGACAAAGAGGAGAAACUAUUGGGAGCGCCAGUUGAGCUGAAACCAAUUGCAGGCCCUGACUACAUUCUGGUUACCUGGAAGCCGCCAUCUGACGAAACGACGAUCGUUCGCGGCUAUACGAUUGGCUGGGGUCACAACGUGCCAGAUGUCGAAUCAACAAGUGUUGGGGCAAACGCAUUGCAGUAUCGAAUCGAGAAUCUCAAUCCAGGCAGAGAAUAUGUGAUAAGUGUUCGAGCGAAGAACAAGUACGGUCAAGGGUAUCCAAUCUAUGAGACAGUUCGAACGGGAACUGAGAGAGGAAGGAAUGCAUUUGGAAUGGAAAUGGACUCGGGCGAUGGUACAGCGGUUACGCCGAUCGCCGUUCGAGCGGAGGCUCUCUCCGCGUCGUCGAUGAAAAUCACGUGGUCCGAUCCCGAUGAGGAGGCUUUUAAUGUCAAGUAUACGGUCAAAUACAGCACUGGUGCUGAAGGCAAUAAACUCCACUACGCCGAGUCAUCAGAGCCAUUUGCUGUCGUGGAAUCGUUAAGACCAGCCACCGAGUACGAGUUCGCCGUGCGAGCAUCACACGGCGGUGCACAUUCGCUAUGGAGUAUGGCGACGAGAAAUAAAACCCUUUCCUCGCCUCCAUCUUCAGCUCCUCGUGAUCUCUCGUUGUCUCCAUCACCAUCCGGUGAUCCACAUCACGUUCUCCUGCAUUGGCAACCACCAAAAUAUUCGAAUGGAGAGCUGAUCGAGUACUUGAUCUACUACUCUGAUCGUUCUGGCCUUGAUGACAAAGAUUGGCGGCUUGCUUCAGUCCCAGCUGAUCGAAUGUCGCAUUCGAUUCACGAUCUCCUCCCAAAGAGUAUUUACUAUUUCAAGAUUCAAGCAAGGAAUAUAAUGGGUUACGGUCCUUUAUCUCCAAUUGUUACAUGGAGAGGGCUAGGCGGUGUGCAGACGCCACCGAACAGUCGGGUCACCAUCAUCGACCAGGAGAGCGCCUCGUUCGAGAAAUUGGCUCAAAUGCUCCUCGCACAUCCAAUUCAUUUGAGUGUGGCGGCGAUUCUCUUACUGCUUGUCGUAAUCGCGGUCAUUGUUUGCGCUAUCUGUAUGAUCAAAAAGUCCACAAAACGGAAGCCGAGCAACGGGAAACGGGGUCAAAGUGGCGAUUUGUGGAUUAAUCACUCUCAUGGAUCACAUAUGAGACCAGCGACGACAAUGGAGCUUUUGGGAGAACCGUUGACUGAGCUGAAGCCGAGUCUUCGCACACAUGGCGCUGUCGACUCACCCCCACCUCGAUAUCAUGCACUGCAGACAGCGCACGAGAUGGAAAUCGAUCGUGGAUACGGCACAGUGUCUUCAGCGGUGAGUCGACCAAAUCGCCCGCGAGCUCCAUUGAGGGGAUCGAUCUCUGGAGGGAAUGAUGGAGGGAUGGGAAAAGCAUUGUUGAUCGGCAGAGCUCAUCCCAUUCAACCGCUCAACUUCACCAAUCAAUACGCACAAUCCGAGGAUAACGAGAGUGGUACUCUGUCCCGAUCCUAUCAUCACUCAUCGUCAAGCCUUGAGCAAAGGACCCCAAGAACGCCGCAAGUGUUGUACACAGGGACAGGAAAACAUCAGCCAAUCGCUAAAAUCGAGUUGGACUCACCGUAUGGUUCAUCUAGUCAACUCACGCCCACUCCUCCUCUACAAGCUCCUCCAAACAAUCCACCAAUCACUUCCGAUGGUUACCGAACGUUGCGUGGACAAGCUACAACUGCAAGUGGAAAUCCGUUGAGAUCAUUUACUUCUGUCUGCCAACCACCGCAACAACCACGGCCAGUGAUUAUCGCAGCUGGCGGAAGGCAAGUACCCGUUGGAAGAGCCCAAGCUCAGCCACGCGUCAACAUGGCCAAUAUCUACAGCCCUUACGCUUCUUGCUCUCAACUCCCAGAUGAUGAGAAACAUUUGGCGAAACCAGAGUCUUCGGAAUCCGACGAAAGGACACCGCUGCAUGGAUCGGGUUCAAACGAAGAGCUAAACGAGAUCACAGAGAAUAUUGAUGCGUUGAUGCAAGAUCUUCAAGGAAUUCACAAUCAUUACGGAAUCCCGUCAAAUCCGCACCCAAAUCGACCGGGCACCGCGUGGAGUAACGAU